UUUGAAGAAAAAUAAUGGGAUUGACAUUCACCAAGCUAUUUGCCAAAAGGGAGAUGCGUAUCCUUAUGAUAGGUUUGGAUGCUGCUGGUAAGACCACUAUAUUGUACAAGCUUAAGCUUGGGGAGAGUAUCACAAUUAUCCCAACCGUUGGAUUUAAUAUAGAAACAGUUGAGUACAAGAACAUAAGUUUCACCAUGUGGGAUCUAGGAGGCCAAGUCAAAAUAUGGAAGCAUUUUAUCCAAAACCAAAACACUCAAGGUUUGAUCUUUGUGGUGGAUAGCAAUGAUAGAGAGAGAGUUGUUGAAGCAAGGGAUGAGUUACAUCGCAUGUUGAAUGAGGAUGAGCUUCGUGAUUCUGCGUUGCUUGUGUUUGCCAACAAGCAAGACCUUCCGAAUGCAAUGAAUGCUGCAGAAAUCACAGACAAACUUGGCCUUCAUUCCUUAAGACAGCGCCACUGGUAUAUUCAGAGCACAUGUGCCAUAUCUGGGGAGGGAUUGUAUGAAGGGCUUGAAUGGCUUUCAAGCAACAUUACUAGCAAGGUCACCUUCCUCCGUCUUCCAUUUAGGAUGAAGAAGAGGCUGCUUAAGAUCGGCGUAGGUGCGUUCGAAGCUUCAGGUGAUAAGGAGUACUUCAGUGAUAAUUGUGAAGCCAAUCACCCAACAGAAAAUGAGUUACAAGCGAGGUCGCCAUUGCUUUGGCAAGCUUCUGUAGCAUUGAAUCUCGGACUUUCUGAGCGACGGCAAAGCUAUGGUGAGGUGUUGUCGAAAGAGACAAUGUUCCAGAUCGGAAGAAUAAAGUGCCUUAUGUUCUUCGACUCUAAAACCCAACAGGCUUCGAACGAACAACAAAACAACGAGUCCUUCAUGUUCAAGGAUAGACUUCUACCAACAAGAAAACAUUCAAGCAACCCAGCAAAUUCAAGAGUUCACAUUAUGGUUCACAUGACUGAGGCUGAGAAGGAGCUGUGUGAAGAGGAAUCUGAUGAGCAGGGUCCGUGUGAGGAAGCUGAGCAUGGUUCAGGUGAUGAAAAGGGUUUGGCUAAAGAAGAGAAUGAGGAGAAAUGGGGGAAAUGUGGAAAACAAGGGGUUGAACUGAAUGAUGAAAGAGUUGGAAAUGGGGAUGAACGAAAGAAAGCAAGAGCGGGUGAAAAGGAAUGA